AAACACGAACAUCUAUUCACAGAUGUCAGUAUUUUCUAAGAAAAGAUGUGUGUUCUUAUUACUAUUUUACUACUUGCUACUUGUGAUCUAUCUACAUCAACUGAAAUUUAUAAUAGAGAAAAUAAUAGAUUACAAAUAGGUUUCCAAAAUGCUAAAUUUUUUCUGGAGAUACAAGAUUGGCUGUUUAAAUUGAAAAACCAAAUUCACGAACGAUUAUUUGGAUUAACAACUACGUCAGCGCCUCCUUUGACAAUUGAAAUAUUAAACAUAGAUAAGUUUGAAUUACAAAAGGCAAUAAAAAAUCAUGGAUGGCAUCUGUUAAAUUUAUCCAUCUUAUCUUUUGACCCUAAUCAAGACUGGGGAUUCCGUAUUGGUGACUGGUAUUUUAUACAAAAAGGAUUUAAUCACAAUGGAUAUGAAGAUAGUUCUAAUGAAUUAAAUUUUCAAACGCCAAGUACCAUUGAGCCAAAAGACACGACUAAAAUAGAGACUGAACAGAUUUUUGACUUUACAAAUGCUCCAGAAGUUACGGAAUCAUCGCAAACGAUUUCAUCUAUAACCACACCUGUGACGCAACAAAUUGAUCCGCAAACAACGAUACGAAACACUGAACAGAUUGAUUCUUCCGAGAGCUCAUUAUUAACAAUGAAAGGGUUGGAAGAGAGUGAAACCGAUAGCGACUUUGUUCACAAAGGGUCUGUAGAAGUUCUUAUGAGAUAAUAUAAUAUUUUAUGUCAACACAUAACAACAUCUCGUAAUUUCUUUAAAUCCGGCAUUUUUAUUAAAUUGGCCAUUUUUAUAUGAAAAUAUACAUUCAUGUUAUUAGAAUAUGUUUGUAUAUCAUACAAUGUUCUCACAGUGCUUAUAGAUAAAAUGUUAUAUAAACAGUGAGGUAUAAUAGAAAAGGGUACUAAAAUGAAAUGUUUCCAUCGAGAAGAGUACACUUUUAUUCCAUAAAAUUUAUUAUAAUUAUCUGGGGCAAUAAAUGAUUAUAAUAAUUUUUACGUCCCUGUUGAACAAAUCGUGGCCCUUCAUGAUGUCUUAUGGAUUUACUGUAAUAAAAAAAAAAAAAAAAUGUCAGUAAAAUGUUCAAUUUCAACAUUAAUUACCAUUACACCCCACACAUGCAAAAAUGUUCUACUUCUACUAGAAGCAUGAAUCAGAAUAACAAUAAAUACAUAUUACUACUGUAGGAGAUCUUCAAUAUAGGAUUAAGUGUUCUUAUUUUACUUAGUUCUCUAAUGUCUUUUUAUCUUGCACUUAUUCUUAAAUAAUGAUAAUACAAGUAAUAUAUACAUAAGAUAUAUCUUUUAGACAUUACUGAAAUAUAAUAUGUAAGAUUCUGUUAAAUGUCCCCAAAAUUUUAAGGCAAAGAGUUAAUAAUAACUUUAAUUGUAUCAAAACUAAUAAUUCUAUAAUAAACUACAGUUAAAAAUAGUUAACACAUGAUUGGAAAAUAUAUGGACAAUUUUUAAUUCUAAAUUAUUCUACGAGAAAUUAAUAAGAAUGUGGGAAGAGAAGCAAAUGUUACAAUACAUGAAAUAUACAGGAAUCCAAUUAAACUAUACUACAGGAAUUCAAUUAAAAUUCAUAUUACAUAAGGAAGAUCACAACAUAGAAUAUAUUUAACCAAA